AAUCUUCUUUAUACGUGAAUUUGGUUCUCUUGGAUAUUUUAUUAAUUUCGGAAGCUGUAACUGGUUCUUGUGUUAACCUUCUUUGAUCGUUCAUAGUUAGGGUUUGAAAGUUUUUAGUUGAAGUUAACUAUGAUUUCAAUUAAACUGCUAACUUAUGUUUUUUCCAUUUGGUUUUCUUUUCAAAAUUUUAUAUUCAAAGUGAUUUUCACUUAAUUUCCGUCAACUGAUUAUUCUCACAAUGUUUGGAUCCUUGGGGGAAAAUGUUACGAACUGAUCCUAUAAACAAACAAAACUUGUCAAAGGAAAUUCUUUACGGGCCUUUUACUAUUCAUGCAUUUCAAAGACGCCCCUGAAUUCUAUUAUCUGUCGUUGCCCUAGUGAUCGAGUGCAGGAUAAGUUAUUCUCAAUUUGACAUGAAGUUAAUCCACUAUAGGGAAAUGAUAAUUCCAUACAUAGUCUUGUAGGGUGAAUAGUAAUUCCAUACUUGUCUCUAUACAUGGGAAUGAUGGUCUUAUGUUGGCCUUGAUUCUGCUGAGGCUGGAAUUAUCAUUCUCUCCAAGAAAUAUAGGUAAGAAUAAUUAUUGUAGGCAAGUAUUAAGUCAAUGGUUUUUGUAUCACUGAGAAAUGGAGUGGAUCAAUUUCCCUUACACGGUGUUGGGUUCAAUGGAUGGUGAGGGAUUUUAAUCCAGACUGUCCAAUCAAGUAAAAGUAAUACAUUCCCUCUAUUCAUGCCAUGACAUCAUUUCACCAGUUCACCGAUUCAUUCUAUUUCUUUCUUCUUAGUAGAAGUCACAACACAUUCAUGAAAACUUUUUCGUUCAACAGUAAAGAAUAAGGGAAAGUCAUAGUUACACCUAGAUGGCAGAUGAGGAUGGUACCUAUUUCUUCUCCAAGUUGUGAUUGGAAGUAGGGGAUCAAGUCACUUUAGGCGACGGGCAAACCAUUCAUGAUCUGUAAAUCGUUUCUCCUUAUCAAAUUCCUGAGGUAUCUAAUAAACUUGCCUCUGCUCACGACAGGUGAACCAUUCAUGAUCUGUAGAUUGUUUCCCCUUGGCAAAUUCCUGAGGGUUAUGUUACAACGGGCAAACUUUUGAACAAGAGAUCUGAUUAUGUAGAAUUGUACAAGGUUGCAAAACUUCAAUCAAUUAGAACAAUGUUGCUGUUAUAUGGCAAUGAAGCACUGAGAAAUUAAACUGGAAGACUGUCUAGAAAAUGGAGUGCAAUAAGGAUGAGGCCACCAGAGCUAAAGAAAUUGCUGAGAGGAUGUUUAUUGCAAAGGAUAUUUUGGGGGCGAAGAAGUUUGCUUUAAAGGCCCAAAAAUUAUUUCCUGAGCUUGAGGGUAUUUCCCAAAUGCUAUCUACACUUGAUGUGUAUAUUUCUGCAGACAAUAAAAUAAAUGGCGAAGCAGAUUGGUAUGGUAUACUUGGUGCAGAUCCCUGGGCUGAUGAUGAAACAAUCCGGAAACAAUAUAGGAAGCUGGCUCUCAUGCUUCACCCUGAUAAAAACAAGUCUAUUGGAGCUGAUGGGGCAUUUAAACUUAUUUCAGAGGCAUGGAGUUUGCUGUCAGAUAAGGCUAAAAAGGUGGCAUAUGAUCAGAAGAGAAACACAAAAGUGCAGAAGGUUUCAACAAUGUCUUGUGGCACAUCAGUGCGUCCAGGGACUAAUGGGAAUCACAAUUUUACAAAAGCUUCCACUUCAAGUGCCAGAGCUCAUAAGCAUACCACUAAACCCCAUGAUUCAUCUUCUACUCACAAGUCGAAAUCAAGUACUUUCUGGACUGUUUGCAAUCGAUGCAAAAUGCAGUAUGAGUAUCUUAGAGUUUAUCUUAAUUUGAAACUCCUGUGUCCCAACUGUCAUGGGGCAUUUUUGGCUGUAGAAACAGAUCCUCCACCUGCAAGUGGUGUAAGACCUGCCACCUCAUUUAACUUUUCCCGGCAGCAGCAAAAUUUCAAUGAUCAAGUGCCUAUUAAAAACAAAUCUAAUGCAGGAAAGAACAAGCGGACCUCAAAUGUUGGGGCAGGUUUUUAUGGUAAUACUGACUCCUAUAACCAUACUGAUUUCCAGUGGGCUCCAUUUUCAAAAACUUCUGGUGUUUCAACAGCUGCUCAAGCUGCAAAUGUGGUUCAACAGGCAUAUGAAAAAGUGAAGCGAGAGCGUGAGGAAGCGCAAGCAGCUCUAAAAAGGGAACAGGCCUUACGAAGGAAGCAGCAUGCUUCUAAAAAAGGGUAUAUGAAUACUGCAAAGAGAAGAAGAGGCAUGGACAAUUCUGGUGUGAGCAGCCAUGGUAAGGAACCUACCAAUCAAGCGGGAAUGAGAAAUGGAGUAGUGGGAGCAGGUAGCUCGUGUGUUUCUAAACCAGGUUAUUUUGAUCGUAUCUCAAUUAAUGGUAGCUUGAAGACCAGUGGUGCAGAAGCUGCCCAGCUUGAGCGUAAUAAUCUUGUGGUGAGAGCUAGAAAAGAAAUUGAUGAGAAACUGAAGGAUAUUCAGUCAAAUACUAUUUUCAAGAGAGCAGUUGCAGAGAGUGGAAAUGGAUGUGACAGAGAAAAUGAGAAAGGUGAUCAAAACGACCUCUGUAAGUCUGACAACAGGGAUAGUGAAUUCCAGGCCAUCAAGACUUCUGCUGGAACUACUAUUGCUAAUGUGGACAUGAAAACAAUGACAGUUGAUAUCCCUGAUCCUGAUUUUCAUGAUUUUGAUAAGGAUCGAACUGAUAGGUCUUUUAGUGAAAAUCAAGUAUGGGUUGCAUACGAUGAUGAUGAUGGGAUGCCUCGAAUUUAUGCUAUGAUUCAUAGUGUGAUUUCUUUGAGUCCAUUAAAGAUGCAGAUCAGUUGGCUCACCUCGAAGACCAAUGAUAAACUGGCCCCUCUAAAUUGGAUCAUUUCAGGCUUUUCUAAAACUUGUGGGGAGUUUAGAAUGGGUAGAUAUGAAAUCAAUAACUCAGUUAAUUGUUUUUCUCAUAAGGUUAGAUGGAGAAAAGGUGCUCAUGGAGCCAUUUGUAUUUACCCCAUGAAAGGGGAUGUUUGGGCUCUUUAUAGGAAUUGGUCACCUGAUUGGAAUGAGCUGACGGCAGAUGAGGUGAUACACAAGUAUGAUAUGGUUGAGGUACUUGAGCAUUUUACUGAAGAAGAUGGUGUUAUGGUCAUUCCCCUGGUAAAGGUGGCUGGUUUCAAGACAUUAUUUCACCGGCACUUGGACCCAGGAGAAAUUAGGAUCAUUCCGAGAGAAGAGAUGUUUCGGUUCUCUCAUCAGGUCCCUUCAUACUUACACACAGGUAAAGAAAAACCAGACAUUGUAAGGGGUUGCUGGGAGUUGGACCCAGCUGCUAUUCCAUCUGAACUUCUUGAGGUUAUAAAAGCUGUAAAAGAGGAAGACAUGGUGGGUGAGGAGGAUAGCCCUGUAGAAGAAACAGCAAAUGAUGACGUUCAAAGACCUAAUGAGGAGGAAGUGAUAAAUGACACAGAAAAAGUUGGGGACAAGAAGGAGAAAAUUGAUAAAGGUAUUCAGGAAAUUGUAACUUUGGAAGAGGACAUAUAGAAGGGAGUCAGCAAGAGCUUGUUGAUUGUUGCGGGGAAUGAGAUUCGGGACUGUCAUUCUUCUGGAGAACUGUGGAAAGAUUAUGAUCUCUACUAACAUUGCACAUGUCUUGCAAAUUGAAGACUCUGAAAAGUAGGAGCUCCAGGUCAUACGCCAUCAACAACUGAUGUAUUAAACUGAUGAGAUGGUGCCUUGUGCAAAGUAUUGUUACAUUUUUCAAGGGAACACUUGUUUCAGGUGGAACGAACUUAUGUACAUAGAGGUCUGGCUACAAGCUUCCUUUCCUUUCUGUUUUAUAGGUUCUUCACCCAAUUUUCACAUCAUUAUUUCCAGCCUUCAGAAAUUGGCGCGUUUCUUAACCUCCAUGCAAAGUUGUACAACUUUUUAGCUCUCAGUAUAGAUUAAUUACAGUCAAUUGCAAGUUGAUUCCAUUUUCUUUUUUGAUCCUGUUUGAUUGGCCUCAUUUUACAAGAUUAAUCUAUUAGAUCAUACCAAUUUCCGUUA